GUUACCUUUGGCGCAGCAGAUGCUCGAAGAUGUGUUUGCGUAGAAACAGGGAGACGAGUGUGCCAUUGUUGAGGGACGCAAAGAGCUUGGUGGAGACCCAACUAACAAAUAAAUUCCGAAGCUGGCAGAUAAACGACUCCUCACGAGAACCCAGAAAACCCAAAAUCCAGAGGAGACGCGGGCAUUAUGGCGAGGACGAUCGCUUCGCGUUUGCUGCAAUCGCACUUGACCUUCUCCCGUCUCAAAAUAGUGACCAUGUCUAGAAAUGGGAGGUUACUGUCAACAGAUCCUAGCAAGAUGGAAGAACAUAUUAAAGUGGAGGAAGCAGAGACAGUCGAAGUCCCACCACCUCCAACAGACAAGUUACUUGUUUUAGGUGGAAGUGGGUUUGUUGGUUCUCAUGUAUGCAGAGAAGCUGUGAUGCGUGGUCUAAAUGUAUCUAGCCUGAGCCGAUCUGGGAGGCCAUCUCUAUACAAGUCUUGGGCUAACAAUGUCUUUUGGCAUCAAGGGAAUCUGCUUUCAACUGAUUCAUUGAAGAAUGCACUGAAUGGAGUGACCUGUGUGAUCUCAUGUGUUGGAGGUUUUGGCUCAAACUCAUUUAUGUAUAAAAUCAAUGGGACUGCAAACAUAAAUGCUAUUAGAGCAGCUGCUGAACAAGGUGUAAAAAGAUUUGUUUAUGUCUCUGCUGCUGAGUUUGGUUUGGCAAAUUACCUUCUACAAGGAUAUUAUGAGGGAAAGAGAGCAGCUGAAACAGAGCUAAUGAUCAGAUUUCCUUAUGGAGGUGUUAUUCUGAGGCCAGGUUUCAUACAUGGCACCCGGAAAGUUGGGACCUUGGAGUUACCUUUAGGCAUUAUAGGGGCUCCAUUGGAGAUGGUUCUCCAACAAGCGAAGCCACUCAGCCAAAUUCCGGUGGUUGGCCCUCUGUUUACGCCUCCGGUCAAUGUGAAUUCACUGGCAAGGGUUGCUGUUAGAGCCGCAACUGAUCCAGUGUUCCCUCCGGGAGUAAUUGAUGUGUUUGGUCUCUUACGCUAUGGCCAACAGAAGACAGCUUAGUCUCUUUGUGACAUAAGAACACUUUUUUUUCCCCCAAUAAGAUCAAAAUGCGUUAUUCAGAUGGUGAGAUUUGUAAUUAUUUCAGAUUCUUUUGGCUGUUGAUAUAAGAACUGGUGGAGGGGAGCUGUUGCUUCUCUUGUUACUUCAA